AGACCCACCGCAGCUUCUCUUUCAUUUCCUUCUCGACACACAACAAAACAGAGCCGAACCAGAAGCAAGACAGACCCAAAUAGUUUCUCCCACACUUCACUUCUCUUCUCUUCUCUUCUCUCCUGCCUGCUCAGUUUGGUGGGUUCUGCUCACCAGUUCCCCCUCACAGUAGAAAGCCCCAUUCCUUCCUUCAUCCUCCAUACAUAGGCACACACAACCGGCGCGCAAUAGACAUCAGCUUCUGCAAGAAACCACCAUGAGAAACAUCAUGGAGAGAAGCCCCCACGAGUCCUCCUUCUCGUUCUCCCGUAGGCACUUCAAGUGGCCGGUUCUCGGCAAGAGCAGCAGCCAUGGCGCCACUAGUACCGCUGUCGCCGAGGACGGAUUCGUCAAGAUCAGGUCCGGUAAGCAGGCUGAGAACGAGGAGGAGGCCUCCAUUGCUUUCUCCUCCACCUGCCCGUCGUUCCACUCGGAGGACUUCGCGUCUCCCCUGCCCAAGCCGCCCAAGCAGCAGCACCGCAAGAACAACAGCAAGCCGGGCCGCACGGCCGUGUCGCGCCUGCGCACGGCGCUGGCCGCGGCGAUCUCCGGCCGGCACCGGCAGGUCGGCCUCGGCGCGCGUCUCACCGGCACGCUGUACGGCCACCGCCGCGGCCACGUCCACCUCGCGUUCCAGGUCGACCCGCGCGCGUGCCCGGCCCUGCUGCUGGAGCUCACCGCGCCCACGGCGUCGCUGGUGCGCGAGAUGGCCUCGGGCCUCGUGCGCAUCGCGCUCGAGUGCGAGCGCUCCAAGUGCGCCUCCGCGUUCCCCGCUGGCGCCGGCGCCGGCGCGGCGGGGAGGAAGCUGCUGGAGGAGACGGUGUGGCGCGCGUACUGCAACGGCAAGGGCUGCGGGUACGCGGUGCGGCGCGAGUGCGGCGCCGCCGACUGGCGCGUGCUGCGCGCGCUGGAGCCCGUGUCCAUGGGGGCCGGGGUCAUACCGGCGUCCUGCGGCGGCGGCGAGGGCGACGUCAUGUACAUGCGCGCGCGGUUCGAGCGCGUAGUGGGAUCCCGCGACUCGGAGGCGUUCUACAUGAUGAACCCGGACAGCAGCAGCAAAGCCAACAGCGUCGGCCCAGAGCUUAGCGUGUACCUCCUUCGAGUUUGAUCAUGUAGUUUCCCGCGUGAUUUGAGCUGUUUUUCCUUGUGUUUAAUGUAGUCUUUUUUUAUGGUAGUAUCCUUGUUAUUUAUGGAAUAAUAAUGCAUGUGGUGUCUACUAGUAUACUCCAUUAGAGCUAGUCGGAAACGAGUAAGAGAAUGGAAAACAUUUUUGGUUUUGGGUCCUUCUCCUCGUCGUUUCUUGCUUAGCUGGUUCCUGCUGAUGUAAGCUGGUAAAUGGUAAUGUAGCAUAUUGUAAGUACUAUUAGUAGGUUCCACUAUCAUGAGAUAUGUGCUAAUAAUAUGCUUGGCUCAUAGCCAUAUUUGUUGA